CCAACGCAUUUUGGGGGAUGAUGCCACGCGCUCCUGCCAUGGGACGAUGCCAUGGGACCUUGCCAUUGAUCCGACCUGAUCGCUGACCGGGGAUGUCUGCACACCUGAGAUCUGGUCAGACCAUGACUGGCAUGGUGAAGAGCUACAACCGCCGUGGCUUUGGCUUCAUCAUGUGCCAGGCGAUCGAACAGGACAUCUACUUCUCACGGGAGAGUUUGCACCCCAACCUGCAGACGUCGGACCUCGCGGGCGAGCAGAUCCAGUUCGAAAUCCAUCGCUUCUCGGACGGGAAGUUGCAGGCACGGAAUCUGCGCGCCUUGGGUGACGUCAGCGACUUCAAGGGUAGUUCCUACGGGGCAAACAGGGACUACGGCGCUGGGGUGCGGGCGCAAUUCUUCAACGCUCACCGCUCCACGGGAUUGCAGGACGAAGACCGAAGUAGAGAUUGGUACUGCAAGAGCUGUGGGGAGCGGAACUUCAUGAAGCGUCUGGAGUGCUUCAAAUGCAAGGCGGUGAAGCCGCCGGAGGUCGGGGAGGCCGUGGCGGCGCCGCCAGUCGUGACGCCUGCGCCGAAGCGGACCUUGUCGCCCCAUGCGGGCUCUCGCGCGAUGAGAGAGAUGUACAAGCAGGGUGCUCUUGGUGGGGUUGCAGCGGCGCCCAAGCCGUCACCUUCCGAGAGAAGUCGCAGCCGGAAGAGCCCGGACUCCAGUAGCUCCUCCAGCAGUAGUGGCAACAGGCGCAAGAAGAAGAAGAAGCACAAGAAACACAAGGGGAGGAGUAGCUCUUCCUCCAGCUCAUCCAGAUCCAGGAGCAGUGUACGAUCGCUGAAGGAGGAUCCGGACAAAACCAGCGGCCAGGAGACGAAUCCGGAGAUCGAGACGGCGAAAGCUCAGGCCUUGGAAAAGUUGAUGAAACUGAAAGAGAUCGAGUCCAAAGAGAACCGCUCCAAGGAAUUCCGGGCCUUGCUGCGGAAGUGGCAUCCGGACAAGAACCCUGAGCAGCAAGAGGUGGCCACUGCGGUCUUCCAAUUCCUGCAGAAAGGAAAGCUUCUGAUCGAGUCCUAAGGCACGCGAAAGGAGGUUCUGGGAAUGACCAGUGCGGUCCACAGGUGACUGCCGUGCAUGUCUUGUCGCCCACGUGCAAGGUCAUGUCUAGGGCC